GGAGAGAGAAAUGAGUCACGCCUCUUUCUACGUGUUGGCCUUCAUGGCAGAGUUGGCAACCUAUAAAACAGGAACGCCACCUUCACUUCUCUCCCUCACUGAUCACCCCACAGUACAAUCUCUGUAAAAAGCCUUGGAGGCUGUGCCUCUUUCUUCUCCUCCCUCCAAUUUCUACCUCUCCAAUCCAUCACCAUUUCUCUUCUUCGCUCUGCGAUUCGCCUCCAACACCACAGUCCACACCUAUGGGUGUGUCUUUCGAGGUCGCAAGAGUGGGUACAAGGUACAAGCCCAAGCUGCUUCCAAUUGACGACAAAGCCGACGACGCUCCGUUAGUAAAUGAUUCUCAGCCCAGCAGCAUCCCGAUAGGAGCUGAAAUUGUUGGUGGCUCAAAUAAGAAGCACAAUAAUGUAUGGCACUCAACCUCAGAAGAACUUGAGGUGUCCUUCUCACUGAAUUUAUUCAAAGAUGGAUUUUCUAUGGCAAAAGGUGACAAGUUCCUGAGUGACGUGCCAAAGCAAUUGCUUCCAUAUGAUAAAGCAUCAGAGACACUUUUCUCUGCCAUUGAGUAUGGUUGGUUACCUGGAGAUAUUCUUGAUGAUAUUCCCUGCAAGUAUGUCAAUGGAGCUCUUAUAUGUGAGAUUCGAGAUUAUCGUGAUAGUUUGCCAUAUGAAGAUGGUCACACUUCAUCAACUGCAAAUGUUCCAAUUGUGCAUAAGUUGACCCUUCAAUUGUGCAUGGAAAGUGUUGUCAAGGACAUCUUGUCAGUCUUAAAUGAUUCCUGGACAUACAAAGAUCUUCUGGAAAUUGAGUCAUGCAUCAUCAAGGCUUUGCAGCCAGAUCUUAAUUUAAACCCAGAACCUUUAGGGGGCAUGCUUUUUGGUGAACCUCGAAGAAAGAAGAUUGAUUUGGGUAUAGCAUGGAGUUGGAAGAAAAGAAAGCUAAGUGAUGGGCCAAUGCAAGGUUUGCCAAUCAGAAACUCAAAUGUUGUAAGCCAUGCUCUGUGUGAUUAUCUCACCCAAAAGUACAAACCUCAAUGUGCUCCUCUGGAAAAAGAAAAAAACACUUCUUGUAGCCAGGAAAAUACCUCCAGCUGUUUCUAUGACCCACAGGGAAUAAAUUCUGCUCUUGGUUGCUCGUCACCCUCACAUGCCUUAAUGUUUCCUCAGACACCUAAUUUUGUUGAUGUGCCCAAUCAACCACUUACUAACGCUUAUAACAGUAUAGCUCUGGGAAAUUCCAUAGUUCCUUGUGAGAACAGCAGUGACGAACAUUCUACCAAAGGAAUGCCUAAUAAAAAACCAAAACAAGAGCCAGUGGACCUGCCCAAACUCCAGCUUGUAGGAAGCCAAGUCAGCAUUGCACCUCAAGGUCCUGAACUACAGCAGGUAUGCAAUGCACCGCAAGAGCAAUUUAACGUUGUCAAAAUUCCAUGUGAUAGCAAAAAGAGAAAAUUCCAUUCCCCUCAAUCGACACAUGAUGACCAAAUGAUGCUUAAAGGAAUUCAAAACCAUCAGAUCAGAGCUCCCUCUGUGAAACAGGAGCCUGCUAGAACAAGUGGCCUCCAUUCUGAUGAUUUUCACAUGGAUAGUUACAUUGGUCCAUCUAAUUUGUAUAAAUUAAAACAGCAAUUCUUAUCCAAGCCAUUGACAGUUAAUAGCGCUUCAAUCCACUCAUCCUGUCACAUGGAUCAGCCUUAUGACAGAUGUUUGAAGAAUGGAAAUGCUGCUCCGAAGAGGAAAGUUUCACAGAAUUUGCAGGCUACAGCUGCAGAUGGAAGUCUGUCAACUACCCAAAAUAGCAAUUCCUUGCAAAAAGCAGGACAUAAAAACUCACGUUCUAGAGGUUUGAAAGCUGAAAUGUCUGAUUCAGUCAUCAGCAUUAGCAGCAGGAAUCUGACUAGUGCAAAUAGCCUGACUGUGAGAAACCCCUGUCCACCACAGCAAUCAGUUGAAGUUAACAAAGCUGCUGACAGAUUAUUAAAAAUUCUUAAAGUGUCUGAGAGGUAUGGAUUGAUUAACAGGAAGCUCAAAUUGGAGCAGUUUUUUCAAAAGAAGCCAUCCUUCUUCCAGACUCCUCCUCUGGUUGGUGUUCACCUUGCAAGUCUUGAGAACAGUGGAAAGUCAGAAGACUCCAUGGGAUGUAAAAUUUCUUCAUCCAAGUAUUCCAGUUACUGGGAAACUAGGACAUUGAUAUUUUCCCAUGAAUAUCAUAUCAUUCAAAGAAGUGACAGUCCAGUGGUUGGUAAUGCAGCUCUGGUUAAACUGGUCAUGUUGGAAAACCUAAACCUAGGAACAGUUGAAGUACACGUAUACUAUGGACGUGAUGGAGAUCAUCCCAUAUCCAUAUCUCUCUUACCCACUUUUCCUAGUUCUCUGCGUUCUGCAAACCAGUUUGCUUGUCAGUUCAUUUCAUUGUUGAUUCGUGAAGGGUACCGCAUAAUUAGUGAUCAAGUUGGGUCCUUGCCUUGUGAUGAAAAUGGUGAAUUAGGCAUGAAAAAGCAGCCAAUUGUCAGUAAUUCCAAUUUGACUUAUAGCACAGUAAAACCUUCUGCAACUUGCUCUUCUUCACCUCCCUCGAGAAAUUCGAGUAGUAGGAUGCCAUUCCAAUUCCGUGUUGCUACGCAAUCACCACAGCCGAACGCUCUUUCUGGAGUUAAUGUCACUGCGGUUGGAAAUAGUCUCUCCUCACCACAACUGAUGCACAGUAAUAGUUCAUUUAAACUUCAAAUUGACAAUCUUCAACAGCAAAUGAGGUCCAUACAGCAAUGGUGGCAACUGGGUGCAAAUAAAUUUUUGUGGUUGGAAUAUCAAAUGCAGCUGCUGAAGCACCGGCAAGAACAGGAACUUAUUUUAAGGACAGAAUCCCCUGCUCAACUGGGUGCUGCUGCAAGCAGCCAUGAUGCAUUACCAUUAAAUGGAGGCCAAAGGAUCAGAAACAUAGAAUCUAGCUCUUAUAGUCAUAUCACAGGCAACAAUGGUUCAGGACCUGCAUUCUCUGGGGGGCUUAUGCAAUGGAUGAACAGUUUGAGCCCCUCUAACAAUCCCCAGAAUAAUCAUAUAUUGGGUUUGAAUGAUAAGCAGCUUUUUGGUGCACUUUCAGAUGACAGAUUUGCAGCUUUCCCAAAACUGAACACUAGCCAAGGUCAGAGUUUCAUUGGUGGAUUUCCAACCCUGAGAAAUGCAAGCAUGCUGUCAAUUGCCAGAGCAGAUGAUCCUAACAUGAGAAAUAUGUUCAGCAAUCACAGAGAGCCCUGGGCCGAGGCAAGCCAGACAUUGCAUAUGGACAUUGGCUCAAUGCCUGGGCCAAAAAAGAUGGCUAGGUUGGCUGAUCAGGUGGGAUCAUCUCUGCCUUCAGUCCCCUCACUGCAUGAUCAUCUACCUCAAUUGAGCACUCAGCAACUGAAUCCUAUUGGCAUGCAACUUCGCAGCAGAUGAACCAUGGGAGCAUAUCAAGUUCUGGAAGUCCAGAGGUUAGUGCCUGGACACAUGGGCCUGUAGGUAGUAGCAGUAUCUAAGGAAGUUGGGCGUGAUAUUGUCAGAAUGGUAUUGGCUGCUGAAAGCUGGUUAUAGACUUUGCAUGUAGCAUUUUAGAUGGCCUUAUUAUUAGUGAACAACAAGGCUAGAUAUAUACUUACAUGUGGAGCAGCCAUUUGACCAUUUGGAGGUUUUGUCAUUUUCAUCGCAUACAAGACAUGGUGUCCGGUACUUGCUGCAAUAUACUCCUUGUGUAUCACAAGAUAGGCCAUUGGCAAUUA